GGAAGUUUUAAAUGGUUCUUUUUAUCACAUGAAUUAAAAGUCUAAUUUAUCACUAAAAUUAGCAAAAUAUCUAUUUAGGGUUUUUACCACUAAGAACAAUUAACUAUAAUUUAUAAGAUUAGAGCUAUUUUCUCAAAAUUUUAUAUAAAAAAUGCCUGUACCUGGUGGAGUUUAUCAGCAACAAGGUGGCCCUUCAUGUGUGGACAGAAUGAAAAUGGGAUUUUUUCUAGGAUUUUGUGUUGGAAUGGCUAGCGGGGCCUUAUUCGGGGGAUUUUCUGCUCUUAGGGGUGGCCUUCGAGGGAAAGAAUUAGUAAAUACAGUAGGAAAAGUGAUGCUUCAAGGUGGAGGAUCGUUUGGUACAUUUUUAGCCAUUGGUUCUGGCUUGAGGUGUUGAAAUAGUUAGUGGCAGUUUGCAGUAAAUUUUGUCAUAGACUCAAAAAGAAUGCAUUGUGAUUAUUUAAUUCUUAUAAAAUAAAUUUUUAGUGACAAGUUA